AGAGAAUCAGACACGCUAGUGGACACCUUCACUAAAGGUUCAAUAGCUCUGGGCGACACAGACACAAACCUUCAGAUGCCAUGGCAACAUUCAGAAGAUUCCUGAUGUCCAUCCUGUUUGUUGGAUCUAUGCUUUUUAUUUUCCUAUCACCAUACAUGUCUCAAGAAAAGAGAGCCGAGAGCGUCCAUCGGCGACAGGAACAAAGGAAGCAGCAGUUAAAAGAAGUGUGUCGCGCAGACAAAGAGACAUUUUCUGAAAUGAAUCGCAGUUUAGAAGACAUGAGUCGCUUGGAAUUUCAGAAUCUCAUUGUGGAUGACAAACAUGGCAUCAUCUACUGUUACAUCCCUAAGGUGGCCUGUAGCAACUGGAAGAGGGUCAUGUUUGUCCUUAACCACAGUGAGCCGUAUCCUGACCCUGCAUCCAUCGAUAGGGAGUUCGUCCACACCCCCAACUUGUUCCCCCUCCUGAGCCGCUUUCAAAAAACAGAGAUCAAGGUGAAGCUUAAGCAUUACACCAAGUUCCUGUUUGUCCGUGACCCAUUCCUCCGUCUCAUCUCUGCCUACCGGGACAAGUUCCAACACAACAAAGAAAAUGAGUACUUCUAUCAGUAUGCAAAGUUUAUAAUGAGGGUUUAUGGCAACCAGGCUAAUCUGCCCAAGACAGUGGGCGAGGCGUUUGCAUCAGGCGUGGAGCCCUCAUUUUACAGCUUCAUUUGGUACCUACUGGACCCAAAAACAGAAAGGAAUGAGCCCUUUGAGCCCCACUGGAGGCAGAUGCAUCGUCUGUGCCACCCCUGCCUCAUACAAACCAUAAAUCAGCUUUAGACAAAAACAUCAUCAACAGGAAUUUAUCUUUUUAC